CGGGCUCAGUCCGCCAGGGAGCCCGGCGACGCGAGAGGCGCCGGCCCGUCGCCCGCCGCACCUGAGCGGCCCCAGCCCGAGCGCGGCCCGGCGCGAUGCUCUAGGGACCGGCCGCGUCCUCCCCGGACCGUUAUCCGCGCCCGCGGGGCCCGCCGGCAAGAUGCCGCGCUCCUUCCUGGUCAAGAAGCAUUUCAACGCCUCCAAGAAGCCCAACUACAGCGAACUGGACACACACACAGUGAUUAUUUCCCCAUAUCUCUAUGAGAGUUACCCCAUGCCUGUCAUACCACAACCAGAGAUCCUCAGCUCGGGAGCGUACAGCCCCAUUACCGUGUGGACUACGGCAGUUCCAUUCCACUCCCCACUACCCAAUGGCCUCUCUCCUCUUUCUGGAUACCCCUCAUCCUUGGGGCGGGUGAGCCCCCCUCCUCCAUCCGACACCUCGUCCAAGGACCACAGUGGCUCAGAAAGCCCCAUUAGUGAUGAAGAGGAAAGACUACAAUCCAAGCUUUCAGACCCCCAUGCCAUUGAAGCUGAAAAGUUUCAGUGCAAUCUAUGCAGUAAAACCUAUUCAACUUUUUCCGGGCUGGCCAAACAUAAGCAGCUGCACUGCGACGCCCAGUCUAGGAAAUCCUUCAGCUGUAAAUACUGUGACAAGGAAUACGUGAGCCUGGGCGCCCUUAAGAUGCACAUCCGGACCCACACUUUACCUUGUGUCUGCAAGAUCUGUGGCAAGGCGUUUUCCAGACCCUGGUUACUUCAAGGACACAUUAGAACUCACACUGGGGAGAAGCCUUUUUCUUGCCCUCACUGCAACAGAGCGUUUGCAGACAGGUCAAAUCUGAGGGCUCAUCUGCAGACCCAUUCGGAUGUAAAGAAAUACCAGUGCAAAAACUGCUCCAAAACCUUCUCCAGAAUGUCUCUUCUGCACAAACAUGAGGAAUCUGGCUGCUGUGUAGCACACUGACUUACGCAAUCAAUGUUUACUCGAACAGAAUGCAUUUCUUCACUCCGACUCCAAAUGACAAAUAAAAGUCCAAAGGCAUUUUCUCUUGUGCUUACCGACCAAAUAAUGUGUAUAGAUACACACACACACACACACACACACACACACACACACAAAGCUGCAAGAGCACGAAAUCCAUGUGUUCCAAGUUAAUCCUUUCCAUGUGAAGUUUAAAAUUACUAUAUAUUUACUGACAGCGAGAUUGAGAGGAUAAAAGACAAGAAUCUUUCUCUUCAAAAGUUGAAGCAAAAAGCACACUGCGUCUUUUUUCACUAAGAAAGAAUGCAAAGAUUUACAUUGCUGCCAAAUCAUUUCAACCGAAACGAACAGUAUUGCUUUGUCAUAGAGUUUGUAAUAGAAUUUUCUAUAGGAAGCGAAUUUGCCAGACGCUAUCUCAGGUGCCUUAUAAAGUAUUCCAAGUUUACUUCACUACAUGUCUGGUAUCUGGUUAUCAUUGUUGAACUGAAGCCUUUGUGAUUACCUGUAAUGCUUUAAACGGUAUUUUUAGGAGACAUAGAAAGAGAGAAAAAAAGAACAGGAACGAAACACAAGAGAAUGUAUUAAGAGUGUUUUGUUUUUGUUUUUGUUUUUGUUUUUGUUUUUGCCAAUAAAGGGUAUGCGCCUUGGGGGAGGAGGGAAAACUAGCUUGGAACAUUCCUGGUGCAUGCCCCAUGUCUUACUUUUUUAAAGAAUUUUUAAUGACUUUCUAAAAUUAAUUAAAGAUGGGAAUAAGUGCAAGAAAGGAUUCUUAGAAACUCAGUAAUGUACUUAAACUAUUUUAAAUGCAUCCAUACAGCACCCUUCCAAGUGCCUUUUUAAACUAAUUGUAUAGAUGAUGAGUCAAUGUAAAUUUGUGUUUAUUUUUAUAUGACUGAAUGAGUUUUGUAUGAAAGUGAGAUGUUGUCUAUAGCUGAUGUCUAUAAACAACCUGAAGACUUGUGAAAUCAACUUUUCUUUUUUAAAAAACAAUUUUAAAGGUCCUUUUUUACAAUAAACAUUUUUGAUUUAAAA